GAGAAUAAAAUGGGGACCGACAAAAAGAUACUUCCAAAACGCAUCAUACUCAUGCGCCACGGCGAGUCCGCCGGCAACAUCGACCAAGGGGCUUACGCAACCACGCCCGACCACAAGAUCCCUCUGACGGAAGAAGGACGAGCGCAGGCACGUGAGGCCGGUAGGAAGAUGAGAGCCCUGAUCUCAGCUCAAAGCGGCGGCACGUGCGGAGAGAAUUGGCGCGUAUACUUUUACGUGUCCCCGUACGAGAGGACGAGGACAACACUGAGGGAAGUAGGGAAAGCGUUCUCGAGGCGGCGCGUGAUAGGAGUGAGGGAAGAGUGUAGGAUCAGAGAACAAGAUUUUGGGAAUUUUCAAGUGGAAGAUAGGAUGAGAGUUGUGAAGGAGACGAGGGAACGUUUUGGAAGAUUCUUUUACCGUUUCCCGGAGGGUGAAUCUGCUUCCGACGUCUAUGAUCGUGUUUCAAGUUUCUUGGAGUCUCUAUGGAGAGACGUGGACAUGAACAGGCAUCAAGUGGAUCCAUUGAGUGAGCUAAACCUAGUGAUUGUGUCCCAUGGGCUGACCUCUCGUGUGUUUCUAAUGAAAUGGUUCAAGUGGACGGUGGAAGAGUUCGAGCGGCUGAACAAUUUAGGGAACUGCGAGUUCAGAGUGAUGGAGUUAGGUGCAGGAGGAGAGUACACCUUUGGGAUACACCACACUGAAGAAGAGAUGUUGGCUUGGGGCAUGUCUAAAGAUAUGAUUGAUGAUCAAAUGGUUCGUGUUAAUGGUUCUCGUGAAACGUUGAACGAUUGUUGUACAUUGCAACUCGAUGAGUAUUUCGAUUUGUUAGAUGUGACUGACGACGAAGAAUGAUGCUGAUUAUUUGUAUGUACAUUGCUAUUGUACGUGUUUGCUUUUGAAAAAAAAAACUAGUAAGGCCCUGUUCGUUUGUA